AUGUAUAGAAUGUCUUUUACCUUGUCUGCACAUCAUUUUGCACCGAGACGUAGCAGUACGCUGCCUAUUCCCUACCAUUACAAGGUCAUUGUGACUAAAAACACCUUCCUACCCACCAAGUCUUUUGAUUAUCAUGAACGGCAGAAACGUGGGUAUUUCGGUAAAAUGGGAUGCCAGUUCUCACGCAGCUUCAUAAGUGAAAGAAAGAGCCUGGAAGUAGCCCUUUUGCGGCAGCCAACUAGUGUACAACCCGUGAUCAAAACAUUGGUUACCAGAGACAUGAAGGGUCAAAUCUCUUCCAAUGAUGGAGAUGAGUACCCAUUGUUAAGACUGGGGUACUGUUGGUGGAGGUCAGCAGCAAAGUUUGAUGAAUGCGUUAGGCUUCAGCUUGACCUCCCAAACAUUGCAAGCCUUACGCCAAGACUCAGAGUUCUUAGAGAGUUAGAGAGACUAGCUUUGAUUGCUCAUGAAGGACUCAGUGAGCUUAGAUACAAGCUACAAAUGUAUCGUUCAGGUGAUUUCUGGGUGCCCACAGGAGGUAUCAAGAAGGAAGAAAUGGACAUUCCACCAGUAAUCACCAUUCUCCUGGUGGGGUUCUCUGGUUCUGGCAAGAGCUCACUUGUGAACCUUAUGUACAGUGUUCUUGGUCGGUCUGGACUCAUACCUUUUGCUCAAACUUCGUCUGGCAGUGCUUCCAGAUACACCACCAUGUACAUGGAAGAGCACAAUGUAAUGAGAUCGAUGCAAGGUGGGUUUUGUGUGUACGAUUCUAGAGGGCUUAAUUAUGGUAAAACUGGUGAUGCGCUCGAGGAGUUGUCAAGUUUGAUGAGUGAUGGUGUUCACCACAACCAGCUGUGCCUCAGACCAGGUGAUGACUUAUUGCUGGAAGAUGAUGAAGAAACUGUUGGUUUGAGGUCAUCUUCAAAGUUUGUGCAAAGGAAAGUGAAUUUUGCAAUGGUGGUGGUUAACAUAGCAGAGGUCCAUAAAGCUUUAAAAGCUAGCGACUCCAAGCCAUUAGAGGCCACCACAGAGCUCUUCCACUCCCCUGCUUUGAGAAAUUGCAAUGAGAAUCCUAUCUUGAUUCUGACACAUGGGGACUUGUUAACAACUGAGGAGAGGAUCGACAUCAGGCUCAGAUUAUGCGAGCGUCUAGGAAUAUCAGAGACUAACGGAGUGUAUGACAUUGUUUGCCUCACAGAGUAUGGAUUUCUGGCCGAAGAAUCUGAUCCGGUUACAGCCUAUGCCUUGGCUGAAGCUGUAUAUCGGGCAUUGCUCAUCUCAGAUAGAGGGCAUUUUCCAAAGAAAAACCUCCAGGACCGGGCAGUGUUCAUAUUGUCAUGGUUAAUGUGCUUCUUGGGUGCUCUCUUCGGUUUCCUUGCUGAACUUUGCUCUAAACUUGGACAGAGGAUGUUCCUUACCUUUUGUCUGGCUGAGGACAAAAAUGUUUUAAGGCAUGGUUGUCUGUCUGUGUCUGGUCCAAGAAUCUGUGGGCUGGGUUUUCGAUUAGAUCUUGUGGUCUACGAUUUGAACUUCAAACAUCUUAAUUUUGGCAUUUGGGGUCUGACAGAAAAUUUGUGUGGUCAAUGCAGAAGGAUACCAUUCUUUUUGCACAGAGGAUCAGAGUCAGAGGACAUGGAUAACACUCAUCUAAGCAAGUGUAACGAGAUCAAAAGAAGAUGCAUGGAUUGCCAAACUACAAGAACCCCAUGUUGGCGAGGCGGUCCGGCUGGUCCCAGGACACUGUGCAAUGCAUGUGGGAUCAGACAGAGGAAGAAGAGGAGGGCUCUUCUUGGUUCGGACAAAGGAGCAAAGAGGAGUAGAAAGAAGAUAGCUAAAAGUAGCAGUAACAGUAAGCUAGGAGUUUCAUUGAAGAUAGAUUUGAUGGGUUUUAGAAGAGAUGGGAUAUUUCAGGAAGAUUGGAAGAGAAAAUUGGGAGAGGAAGAACAGGCUGCCAUACUCUUGAUGGCCUUAUCUUGUGGCUCGGUCUGUGCUUAG